AUGUCUGCACCAGACCCAUCUAAGAGAGAUGUACAGAUAUCUAAAGCACUUUCAUACUUACUCAGACAUGGCGCCAUUAAAGAAAAAUUGAAUAUAGACGAAGAGGGAUACAUUAAGAUUCAAGAUAUCUUGAGUCACAAUCGCAUUAAGACACAUCGAGUCACUGUCGAAGAUAUUCACAGAAUUGUCAGAGGAAACGAUAAACAACGCUUUAGCAUAGUCAACAGAAAUGGUAUAGAGUAUAUAUGUGCUACUCAGGGACAUUCGAUUGAAAGUGUCAGCGAAGCGAAUCUUCGUUCUCUCACCAGAGAAGAAAUGCCACGUGAGGUUUUCCAUGGAACUUACAAGGCUAAGCUUCCCUCUAUCAUGAAUGAAGGACUCAGCAGAAUGGGACGCAAUCAUAUUCAUUUUGCAUCAUGUGAGUCAAACGUUUCCGGAAUACGGAAGAACUGUAAUGUAUUGAUUUAUUUGAACAUUGAUGAUUGUUUUGAUAAAGGUAUUACAUUCUACAAGAGUGCUAAUGGAGUCGUUCUUACGCGUGGGUUGAACGGAAUUUUACCUAGCACUCUAUUUGAUCGAGUCAUAGAUGUAUCGACUGGUAAUUCUAUUGUAAAUAAAGCGGCACUGGCUGAGCUUAGUGAGAAAUAA